GAACGCAUGUUGCUGUGAGAUUAGAGAAAGAGGAAUCAAGAAAUUCUGCAUCGCUGAGUUUAACGGUGAAGGUUUUUUUGGAUGCAGCUAACUUUGUGCUUCUUUCCGUUUUCAGCUGCAUGUGGCUGCUGUUUGCAUUUUGCCUUUUUAUGAGGAAUGAACUGAGGUGCUGCUUCUACUGUCUUCUGAAUAUACUGCUAAUUCUUCUAUGGACACAGAUUGAAGUGCAGAGUCCAGUGCAGAUAGAGUCCAGCUAAGAGCAGAAGAUGCCAGCCCCACCUCCCCCACCUCCCCCUGGGCCUCCCCCUCCUCCCACUUUCGCUGUUGCUAACACAGAGAAGCCCAAUCUGAACCGAUCAGAGCAGUUGGGACGGGGGGCUCUUUUGUCCGAUAUUUGCAAAGGCGCUAGGCUAAAGAAAGCCGUUACAAAUGACCGCAGCGGACCUCUUUUGGACAAGCCAAAAGGAGGUGGUGGAGGAGGAGGAGGAGGUGGUGGAGGAUUCGGCGGCGGGUCUCCUGCUGGUUUAGGGGGCCUGUUUGCAGGAGGGAUGCCCAAACUGAGGUCUGCAGCAAACAGAGACAACGACUCUGGACCCAGUCGAGGACCUCUUCUCCCUCCAGGAGGCCGUUCUGGUGGACCCAGCCCUUUCGGUGGCGGCGGCAGUCCGUCUGGACCCCCCAAACUGCCAGGUGCUCCUCCUGUUCCUCGUGGCGGGGCCCCUGAUCUCCCCAAAGGCCGUCCAAGUUUCUCAUCCAGACAAGACACUCCAGGUGGACCCCCUCCUCCGGUACCCAGCACACCCAGACCACCCCAGAGCCACUCGUCUCGUGGGGGCCCCCCUCCACCAUCUCUACCUGGAGGACCAAGGCCCGGUCAUGGCAGCGCACCGUCGCCACCCAGCGUACCUCCAGCGAGACACGCAGCCUUUCCUCCCCCACCAGGGGGCUCCUCUGGGCCUCGGUCGAACUUCUCCGCGCCUCCUCCCCCGCCUUCAAACAGCAGCCGACCUCCAUUACCUCCAGCUCCAGGAGGGAGGCCCCCGCUUCCUGACGACCGACCUCCUCCACCACCAGCUCCUGGAGGUAAUCGACCGUCGAUGCCCCGCGACAUGCCCCCUCCGCCCCCAUCUGUCAACUCCAAACCCUCUUCCUCGCCUUCCUCAUCCGGUCGCUCCUCAUCCGGAGGCGGGGUGCCCCCUCUGCCACCGGGACGGCCGGGCCCUCCUCCUAUCCCACCCGGCCAGGGAGGAGGGGAUGAUCAGAACACACCUCGACUGCCUCAGAGGAACAGCUCGCUCAACAGCCAUGCUCCGGCUCCCCCUCCUGGCCGAUCAGGACCCCUCCCUCCUCCUCCAAAUGAGAGACCGCCGUCUGUUGGAAGGAACCAGCCCUCUCCACGCUCAGGUCCUCUUCCUCCUCCGCCUCCUUCAGGUCGCAACAUGGGCGGAGGCAGCAUCAGGUCAUCGCCUGCACCGCCUCCUGUCGGUCGGCCAGGGCCGGAGCCUCCUCGUGGAGGGCCUGGGGGGCGACCUCUCCCGCCACCAGACAGACCCGGGCCUGGUGGGGCUUUUCCACCUCCACCACCUAUAGGAAAUGGAUUCCAGAACUCUCACCACAACCAAAUGCAAGAUGAGUUUGAGUACAGAUUCACUUUUCAUCCAGUGUCGGACUUUCCUCCGCCCGAUCCCUAUGUACCCUUCCAGAAGACUUACCCCAGCAAGAUCUCCAAGAAUGAGAGCAAAGGUCCUGGUAAAAAGGAGCGAGGAGCUCCUCCGCUUCCUCCAAUACCCAGGUGAAGAAAAGAUGGCCUCCAUCACAACACUUGGUCCUACCACCUCUUCUUUUCUUCCUAUUUCUCAGUUACGCUCAUUGCUCUUUGACCACAUGCAUGUCGAUCAUGUGAGAAUCGCAAAAGAGGGGAAAAAAGGACCUUCAGUCUUGUGGAGUUUACAUCAUGUGGCUCUGCAGCAGGGAACUGGGGAUCUGCAAGGAGCCAAAACUGUUUAUAUAUUGUGGUACAACUGUGUUCUGGAGAAAAUGCUUUCUUUAUUUUUAAAGUUUACAACCAUGCUAUUUCUGGAGGAUGUGUUUGGUGUCAAAAUGCUCAAAAUCAGAUCCAUCUUAUCUGUUUGUUUUUUUUGUUUUUUUGUUUUCUUAAUCAAAUAAAAUUUAGCCCAUUUCCUUUUUUUCAGGCAAUACCACAACUGAUUUGUAUAUUUUUAUAGUUUUAUAAAAAAGCCAAGCCUUUUGAGAAGAACAAAGAUACUGAUCUUUGUGC